UUGCAAGAGACUGCUAGUGACUAAGGAUACAAUUUAAAAUUGGCUCUCUGCUAUGUUGUCUGUUAUGUACAGACACAACACGGAUUCUUCCUUGAGUUAGAUGUCUUUCAUGCUUCAGUGACUCUUAAAUCAGUGUUAAAUAGUUAAAACAAUAAAACAAGCAAACAAACAUUCAUCAGAAAAAGUGGACAGAAGAGAAAAUUAGUGGGAAUAAAAUAGUGAAUGUCCAAAGAAAAACUUUGAAAGUCCACUUUAAGAAAUCAGAAGAAAGUCUGGCUUCUUGGAAGAAAAAUAUAAAAAAAGAGGGGCAGCUUGAGGUCUUUCAGACAUAAUCAGUGCUCAACGAUACUCCUGAGAUGCAAUUCUGGGAUCCGGAAUAAAACCCAACUUUCCAAGAUGGACAAAGAAAAGAAAACUAAUUAAAGAUUAGCUCAUUUUCAGAUGAUCCAUAAAACGUCUUAUGAAUGUUAGGCUGAUAUAAGAAAUGUCUCUGGAACAGCUUGUCAGCAUAUGAGUUUGCUGCAAAAACACCGGCAAAGCUGAAUUCAGCAACUUUCAGACCAGCGCAUUCACUUCCCGACACCACAAUAAUUCCUGUUGCUAAAUAUGCACAUGCAGGUGACCCUUUCUGCUGGCAAUUCAUUUAUGAGGUAAAAGGUAAAACAGCAAAUGGACUGUACUUAUAUAGCACUUUUCUACUCAGCUGGAUCUGAAUUUAUGCUCUUGGUCUUUGUGGCUGGUUAAGGUAAUAUCACAUUAAGCUGGAAAAUUUAAAAUGAUCAAGAAAAAUAAAAUAAGGGAUUGAUGCGCCGUUCAAGUGAACGCUCAGAUAAUGUCAGUGAAAAACACUCUAAACUCACAGAAGUAGGAGUAGAGUAAAAUAAUGAUUUUACUCUUGGAAUUUGGGUUAUUGCUGUGAAUUUAUUUAGGUUAGCUGAAUACAGUCUGACAAAAAUCAUUAUUUUUAGAUCAUAAACACAGCAAGGAGCCUCUGGCUUUAAAGCCUCCAUCCUUUUGUCCACCCUUAUACCUCCAUAUCUCUCGGGUUUCUCCUAUAACCCUGAGAUAUUCAAGAUAUGCUAAGGUAACGUGAAUGAGUAAGUAUAAAACUGAUCUGCAACUUUUAAAAUGCCAAAAAUGCUGUGAUUAAAUCAAAGUUAUAAUGUUAUCAAUGCAGGCAUAAAAGGUGUCUGUAUAAGUUACAAACCACAAGUGUGCAGUGCAGUAACCUUAUGAGUUUAUUGGAAUUACCUUGCCUUAAAGUGCAUUAUUUUCUGAGAGUGCAGUGUUUUAGGCUGAGCAGUGGCUCUCUUGUUGGUCCCUGCAGUGUGGACACUGUCCUGCCAUGGGAACGGACAGUUAUUUGCUUUAAUUUGCAACAGAAAAGCUUGUGGUGUGUAGUGACUGUUAGAGAAUGUUCUGUUUGGCCUUCUCCUGGCUGGUUUAAGUGAUAAAAGUGUCAUUAUUUAGCCUCUGAGGCAGAGGAGAGAGUGCAAACAAGACUGCAUGACCCUCUGUUAAGAGCCCUCGUUCUUCAGAUGCUCAUUAAAGGCCUCCAGGAGGACAGUGCAUCAACUGGCAGGGCCGUCGAGUUUGCCUUUUUUUUUUUUAAGUCUUUCUCAUCCCAGUCACCGGUCGACUGACGGCAAAAAUGGGCUCAAUUAAGAGCAAGAGGGACAUGAAAGAUGUCGCGCUGUGAGGUGGUAUAGGCGACUUAUUAAAACAGCAGGAAGAAGCUCUUGGACUUGGGCCCAAUAGGAUCUAACCCCGUAGCGCACUGACCGGAUUUGGAGAAAGUUGGAUUUAUCUGAUUGGGCGCUUUGGAUUCUGUGUCUGGUGAACGACUUUAGUCCGUCUGAGAGUUCUGAUUGGAGUCAGUUUCUAAACAGAAAAACAAAAGAGAGACUUUCUCUCAAACUGCAGCGCAUUGAAGAUGGAAAUGCAGGGCCGAUUUAUUGACUCCACGGUGAUGAACAUUAAUGUUAUGGAGUAUCCCCACAAAUAUGCUUUAGCACCAAAGCAGCAGGUGGAUGCUGCUCCAUCCUGUCCAAUCAGCCAAAGGCAGUUAAACGAGCCUUCCUGGAGCCGGGAAGCGGAGGACGGUGUGCGCACUGCUCAGGUGGCAAUGUGCUCGCCGAGAUACUACAGCCGCGGGGCCCGGGGGAACACGAAGGCCAAGCGGAGGAGGAUCAUCACGGUGGUCCAGCGGCAGGCGGCCAAUGUGCGGGAGAGAAAGCGAAUGUUCAGUCUGAAUGAGGCGUUUGACGAACUAAGGAGAAAAGUUCCUACAUUCGCAUACGAGAAGAGGCUGUCCCGUAUCGAGACGCUGCGUCUGGCCAUCGUCUACAUCUCCUUCAUGAUGGACCUGCUGGAGGACACCUGAGACACAACAGCUCAGCUUUAUCUAUGGCAGACUGAACUAGACUGAAGGCGCCAUUCAACCCACCAAUGACACGGACAUAAAUGAGCAGCUGACUUUCCGUGUAUGGACCAACAAGAGGGAUUCUAUUAAGAAAUGUCAGAUUUUUUUGUGGCUGUAAAAACACAUACAUCGUUGGAGAAAGCUCACUAGGUCAGUGAGAACCGAGAUUUCAUUAGUUGCAUGUGAAUCGAUGUUGCUUGAAAAUAAAAGUACCGCUAUGGUCAUGUUUGUGUUCUUUGCCUGGACUGCCACGACAAAGAAAGCAAAGUGAAAUUUAAUUUUGACUAACCUUACUAAAAUUAAUAAGACCAUAAUGUCCGCUUAAAUGGACAGUUUACAGCCAGUGUUGGAUCAAAACAUAUUUACACUGUCGCAUUUAAUAAAUCCGUUAAGAGGAGAUACGCAUGAAUGUCAGCAUCUUAUGGUUGUUGUCAUACAGCUCUGAAGUGGUGUGGUUUUCAGCACCGUGGAGAGCUACAGAGGCACGCGCCUCACCUGGCCACUUGAAGGGUGUGGCAAAAAAAAAAAGCAACUCGAGGUUUUCCUCACUCAGAAAGCGAGAGCACAUGAAUCAUGAUUGUUUUCUCCUUGAUGGCCAAAUAUCCUCAAAAGAGUUUAAAAGUGGAUCUAAAUCACAAAUCAAGGGCUCACGGCAUGAAGCUGCAGAUUAUCUUUGUCACUAAGGUGUAAAUUGAGUUAUUCAUGGAGGUGAGAUGAAGGUAAACUGAGUGACAAAAACACCACCCACACCAGAUGCCCUCUUUCAGUCCUGGAUUGAUGGUAGAGGCAAAGCUGUUUAGCGCUGGGGGACCGUGUCUCCACAAGAGAGCGGGGCUGGGCCCUCUGUGGUCCUCUUGUGUCAUCCUUCCUCAUCAGAAGUGAGGCUUCUCGGUGGGCCAUUCACACCACAGACUACCUCCAAGAAGUUG